UACGACGUCCUCUUUCUUCCACAGAGACGAGCUUAAGCUACCGAGUCCGCGAUGUCAGGUGUCGAAGAAACUUUAAACGAGUCCGUAGACAUUAAAGAAGACAAAGAGUUUGACGUGGAGGCUGAAGACCACAUCGGGGAUGAUUAUUUUGUUGACCCGACUCGGUAUUUAUUUUACAGGGACAGAAAGGAGUGGGCUGACCUGGAGCCUGUUCCCCAGGAUGAUGGACCAAAUCCUGUAGUGAAGAUCGCCUACUCUGAGAAGUUCUCUGAUGUUUAUGACUAUUUCCGUGCGCUCCUGAAAAAUGAUGAAAGAAGCGAUCGGGCUUUCGCCUUGACAGCAGAGGCCAUUGAGCUGAACGCAGCCAAUUACACAGUUUGGCACUACAGGCGAGUACUACUGCAAGCCCUAUCAAAGGACCUGAGGGAGGAGAUGAGGUACAUUACUGCCAUCAUCGAAGAGCAACCCAAAAACUACCAAGUCUGGCAUCACAGACGUAUGGUGGUAGAGUGGUUGAAUGACCCCUCGGAGGAAUUGGAGUUCAUUGCGGACAUUCUCAGCCAAGACGCGAAGAACUACCACGCCUGGCAGCACAGACAGUGGGUCAUCCAGGAGUACAAACUGUGGGACAAUGAGCUGAAGUUUGUGGAGAAUCUCUUGGAAGACGAUGUGAGGAAUAACUCUGCAUGGAACCAGAGGCAUUUUGUAAUUUCUCACACUACAGGCUUCUCUGAUCCAGCCAUAGUGGAGAGAGAGAUUCAGUAUUGUCUCAGCCAGAUCAGAAAGGCUCCCCACAAUGAAAGCGCAUGGAACUAUUUGAAAGGGAUGCUGCAAGACAGAGGUCUGUCGUCUCCCCCGGGCCUGCUGGAGAGAGUCCUGGAGCUGAAGGAGACGCACUGUUCACCGUAUCUUCUAGCGUUUCUGUUUGAUUGCUACGAGGAUGCUUUGGAGAACAGCAACCAGAAAGAAAAUGUGGGGGAAGAGGAACGAAAGGACAUUUUACGAAAGGCUCUAGAAAUUUGUGACCUUCUGGCAAAUGAGAAGGACACCAUCCGUAAAGAGUACUGGCUGUUUUUGGGACGUUCUUUAGAGAACAAAUCUGGAAGCCGCGGCCCCUCUGAUAAGCCUCCUGAACCAUCGGACCCAGCAUCUGGGCAGCAGGAGAUGAGCUAGACCACCAGGAGACUCGCACCAUUUCUCCCCACUCCUAUCCCGCUUCAUCAAUACUGUCGCCAAAACCAACCCUCUAAUUGCUCUAAUGUAUAUGACUGAAGUUUCUUAAACAACCACUAACCUGAGAUCACCUAAAAGAAGGGACUGAGGGGACAUCAAGCAGCUGCACGGCAAAACAAUCCAUGGAAAUCUCCUGCUAACUAAAGUGUAAUAACAUAGAAUAUAACUAGAGAUUACGUGUCAAUUAUUUGUUUCUACUCUUUGUUGGACACUUAGCCAGUUUAUCACAUUUAGACUAAGCGCAGCUGUUUCCUGUCUUUGUUUAAAUCUUUAAGUCUUUUUUGUCUUCUGAACUUAUCAAUCUGUGUGUGACAGCAGUCCCCAUAUCAUGAUAUACCUCUGAGUGUGUUUGCACGCACACGCAGUUCAAUUGAAUGCCUUUGAGUGAUGGUAGAUACACAUCUUCAGUUAAACCUACUACUAGGAGCUUUUAACUGGAUGUAAAACUGUAAGGUACCUCUAUAUGACAGAGAGAAGAUUGGCUAUUUCUGUAUAGUUAUUCUUAAUGCCUGCCACCUGAUCAUAUUCCCCUUGAAAUCAAUGAAACGAGGCAGUAAAAACACUACUGCUGUUGUCCACAGGGGCCGCCAGAGUCUACACAAAAUGAAAGUUUCUUGUAAUUGCUUAAAUAUUUGGUUAGAAAAAACAUGUUUAUCUUAUUUGCGUUGCUUUUAAAUGUAAUUUAAAAGUAAGAUUCCUGAUAACAUUGACAUAACGUUUUCUAUACACGGGUAGUUUUGAAUGGGCACUCAUUAGUGACUCCAGAUAAGACUUUAAAUAGACUAUUGUGUGCAUGUAAACCCACUCUUCAUUUUAAAUCCUGGAACAUUUUUUUUUUGCUUGUUUAGUGGCGUCAGUCAGAGAGUACAUGUAAUUGUGUUGUAAUGGAGGGACAAAAAGCAUCAUGAAACAUAAAAAUAAAACCGUUUGUAGUAAUA